AUGUUUCAAAUUGGGAGCCUCGCCAUCUUCUGCGGGCUGCUGGCCCAGACCUCAUCCCUGCUUCAAGGCCUGCCCUUGCCUCUGGGUGGGGGCGCCCCUUUGCCUCUGGGCCAGGGCGUGCCCUUGCCUCUGGGUGGGGGCGCCCCUUUGCCUCUGGGCCAGGGCGUGCCCUUGCCUCUGGGUGGGGCUCUGCCAUCAAAUCCCACAAACCUGGUUGGAAACUUGAAGAGUGACCUCACCAAUGGCCUGCUCUCCAAGGGUCUGCUGGACAUUCUGGGAAAACUCCCACUCCUGGACAUCCUUAAGCCUGGAAACGGCAACUCUGGGGGCCUGCUGGGGGGUCUGCUUGAAAAACUGACAUCAUCCAUCCCUCUUCUGAAUGGCAUCAUUGACAUUGAAAUCACUGACCCCCAGCUGCUGGAACUGGGCUUUGUGAAGAGCCCUGCUGGCCACCGUCUCUAUGUCACCAUCCCUCUGGGCUUGAAGCUCAACGUGAAAACGCCCGUGGUUGGCAAUGUACUGGAGCUGGACUUGAAGUUGAACAUCACUGCAGAAAUCCUAGCUGUGAAAGACAGUCAGGGGAAAAGACACCUGGUUCUUGGUGAUUGCACCCACUCACCUGGCAGCCUGCAUAUAACCCUGCUUAAUGGGGAUGCUUCCCUCCCCCUUCAAGGCCUUCUGGACCCCCUCACGGGAAUCUUGAAUGAAGCCCUUCCUGACCUGGUGCAGGGAAAGGUGUGCCCUCUGGUCAAUGAGGUUCUCAGCCAAUUGGAUGUCACCUUGGUGCAUGACAUUGUUGAAAUGCUGACCGGUACAGAAGACUUUGUCCUCAAGGUGUAG